AUGAAAUUACCAAUUAAGGCUUUGACCGUGUUGCAACAACCCAACCGUCGCGAGCUGACAGAGCAGCAGUGGCGGACUCUUGUGGAGGAAAUAACCUCCCGCGGACACUUGCCCUUCUUCGAUAUUGCUUACCAAGGCCUUGGCCGUGGCUUAGAUGAGGACGCAUAUGGAGUGCGCCACUUUGCAAGCUUGGGCUCUGAGAUGAUUAUUGCUCAGUCCUUUGCUAAGAAUCUAGGGCUUUAUGGACAAAGAGUUGGCGCAUUACAUGUUGUGGCUUCAACCAAGGAAGCUGCGGCAGCUGUCAAGUAUCAGCUUCGUUGCAUGAUUCGGCAUAAUGAGCUACAGGAGAUAAGGCAAAGGCUAGAACGCAGUCGACAGGAAUUGUUUCAUAAGCUGGCUAACGUCCACAAAGUAUGA